AUGGAUUUUCACAGUGCAACAGAUCGGAAUGCGCAGACACUCUUCCUCACAGAGAUGCUUCGAGGUAUUUUGUUAUCAUCCAGUACCAUCUCAGGUGUUACAUAAGCUUAGUAAUCAUCUGUAAUAUUUAUCCAGACGACAACUAUAAAAGAAAAUCUAUCAUUGAUUUUAAUCAAUAUCAUCAAUAAAAAUCAAUAAAAAUCUAUUGAUUAAUUUUGAUUGGCUUAGCCAAUCAAUAAAAAUCAUUUAUCACUCACCAAUGCGUCUAAACGUUAUUGAUUUUCUUUGAUUGCUAGUGAUAAUCAAUAGCUGAUAGUGCAACAGUAAAAACCCAGGUAGGCAUUUGCUUAAACGCCGCUAUGUCUGUGGAAAUUUCCAUUUCCUGUGUAGUCAAGGGGUAUCACCACCAGUGUUUUCCAUUUCCAAGAAGAGGGGAGAAAAUGGUAACACAUUCAAAGAAAGCACAAUGGGUGACAUUUUAGUUUUCCAAUAAAAGCCAAUAAAAUCAAUGUAAAUUAAUGAAAAUCGAAAAUCACUCAAGACUGCGGCUUUGAUUUUUAUUGAUUUUCAAUAUCAAUCAAUUAAUUGCUAUUGAUUUUUAUUGACUAUUGUUGAUGUUAUUGAUUAUUGAUUUUGAUUUGAUGGUAGCGUCUGGUAUUUAUGUAUGCUUUUCAAGUUCAGCCAUCCUCAGAUUUUUAUCAAAUCAGGUACAAGGGGAUGUCAUUCACAGUUUUCCUUACUGCAAUGUGGGACUUGAAAUGUCAAGAUAUUUCCUUGUAACCUCUUACAUUACACACACCAUUCUACUAAAUUCCAUACAGGUAAACAAUGAACAUGAAUGGAGUGUUAAAAAAACGCAUGUAUUUAAUAAAUCACUCACUUUAUAAUUAUUACGAGAAAUAACCAAAGGCGAGGUAGAUGCAAGGUGUUUUAGGUUUCUUAUCAAAGGUCAAAACGCUCUGGCUCCAACGCUGGUGUUUGCAUACAGUUCACAUGAUAAUAGGUCAAAAUGCCUGUGAUCAGAAUAGCGUUUAGACAAAUGACGUCAUAAAUUUCGGUUCCCUGCUGUGACUCAGACAUUAAACCUGAUCCAUAUAAGAAUUUUGUAUGGGAAAGUCUUGUCCGCCUGCAAAUUUACGUCGUCUUUGAAGUUUUUUAUUCUCAAAAGAACUAAAUUCCAGUAUGGUUUUGAUAAUAUAUAUCUUGAAAAUAAUUAAGUUAUGUGUGCCAAGACUAUGUUAAACAUGGAAAUAACUGUACAGAUGAUACUCUGUUUUGUACCUAUGCUCAGAUAUGAAGGUGUCAAAAUUCACUUACAAGCAGUGACUUACAGUAUCAUAUUCUUUUCCUCAAAGGUCUUGGUAUGACUUUGAGCAAAUUUUUUCAAGAACCAGCAACCAUCAAUUACCCUUUUGAGAAAGGAGGUGAGUCGGGGGCGAAGUCUCCUCUCGUACGGGACUCCUCCAUGGGAAGACCUCUUCUCUCCACGUAA